CAGGAUCCCUUUGGAUAGGAGAUGGCAGAAGUUUCUGGAUGUUAUGAGACAAACCUUGCUUGGAUUGUAGGUCGUGAAAGUUUCCAUUACAGAGGAAAACACGACACUCGGGGUGGCCCUUGUCCGGCCCCCUAGAUAAACUUUGAGUUGUGAUAACAGGGAGACGAACACGUGAGAAAUAGUGAUGACCCUCUCUGACUCCUUCCUUCCAGGCAUGCCGGAGGUCGGUUUGGGUCAAGCGGAAGUGAAGAGAUAGAAUUCUGAGGAAAACCAUUCUGUUAAUGAGGUGAGAAGGAGCCUGAUGUAGAUGGAAUUCAAGUGAGCAGGACAGUGCUGUGAAGCAGCCCCAGAACCUUGAGAUGGCACCAAAAGCCAAGAAGGGGUUAAAAGGCUCCAUUGAUGAUGUCCUUGGUGACCUCUUAGGGGAUGAUAUGACCCUACCUGAGACUCCUGUAAAACUAGUUCCACGUGCCAGAGACACAGCAGGCAAAUCUCAGGUCCUCCCUUCUUCAAGGGCUAGAACAAAGUCCCUUCUGGAAGGUGAUUUCUUCAGCACCAUGGCGGGCCUGGCAGGAGCUGAUGCUGAGGUUUCCGACGUCUCGGACGCAGACCCGCAGGCUUUGUUGCAGGCCAUGAAGGACAUGGACGACAUGGAUGCCGACCUCUUGGGUCUGAAGAAGUCUAAACCAGCCUCUAGCAAAACAGCCGCAAAGGAUUCUGGGAAAGAAGGGCCACCUAGCAUUUCCAAGCCUGCUGGAGACACCGCUCCCACCAAGAAGCCACCUCCCUCCCCCGGCAGCUUUAGGCAUCAGUACAGGAAGUUUUCCUUUGAAGAUGUGGAAGACCCACUGGCAGGACUUCUCUCAGAUGACGAGGAAGGAAUUGCCAAGCAGCCGCCUGUGACAGAGAGUAAAACGGCUUCUGACAGGAGCCCCAGCACCGUCAGAGACCCGGGUCCCUCUAUUCCUCUCACUCCUGGUGACACCCCCAUCCGAAAGAAAGAAGAACUGAUGUUUGACGAUGGGGACAACAUCAUGGCCACCCUGGGGUUUGGAGACAGCCCCGAAGCAGAGAGGGGGCAGACGGGAGACCAGGAAGGGCCCCGCCCCGCUAGCUCCAAGCUAGACGAACUGCUGGGUCGAGGCACUGCCGCCAAACUCCUGGCGCGCCCAGGCACCGGGGAGCACAGAGAGAUCAAUCCAGACAAGAAUUACCAGAGGCCACAGGACAAAGAAGAUACCUGGGGCAUCGAAGACUUCACCUUUGGGGCCUAUCAGCCCACUGUGGGCUCCUCUGAGGGCCGACAGUCCCGCCGGCAGUCUGUCAGUAGGUUCUUAGCAGAAAGCGGCACAGACCCCAAGGGAGACCUGGGCUCCAGACAGAGCACUCCAGCCGCGUCCAGCCCCGUCCACCCCAGAAAAGGAGGUGCCGACUGGUUGGGCCUCAAGGACGACGACUUUGACCUGCUCCCACCCUCUCCCACGGGAGAGGCCCGGAGGGGUGGCUCAGUGCUCUCCACAUCCUCAGUGCCCCCUCCUGCCAGCCAGCACUUGGCCCCAGCUGGGCUGCCUGUCUCAGGGGCAAAGCCCCCCACUGAGGGUACAGGUUCCCCUUCCAAAGCCAGCCGAGCCUCCAAGCUGGGAGCGUCCGAGGAGAGAGAAGAGGAGGAUUGGCUGAGCCAUGCCUUGUCUUGGAAGAAGUCCCAGGGCCUGGUCACAGAGGAGCGGGCCAGGGCCUCCAAGGGCCUGAACUCAGCGGGGACUGUGGGCCACCCCUUGCCUAGCAGCCAACCUGCUAGUACCCAAGGGCCUGAGCGAGCAGCUCCUGGAGGGACCUCAGGAGCAGCGGUGCAGGAAAUGCCACCUGCCAGGCCUGACAAGUCAGGGCCGCCUGUGACUUGGAAGCAGGUCACCACAGCAUCCCCUGCAGGUGAUCCAAAGAGGGGACCAGCCCCUGGAGAGCUGUCCAGCACUGAACCUGCACUUUGUUUCCCAAGCUCCCAGGAGCCCCCAGGGUUUUCGGUGCCUGGCCAGUCCCUGCUCCCUGACUCCCUGAGCCAGCUGCCAGGCGGGGAGUACCAGAGGCAGCUCCUGGUAGCGCAGGCGCAGCUCCAGGGCAGCACCGCCAAGCUGCAGGCUGAGCUGCUGCAGAGUCAGGCGCGGCUGGCUGAGCUGGAGGCCCAGGUGCGGAAGCUGGAGCUGGAGCGGACCCAGCACACGCUGCUGCUGGAGAGCCUGCAGCAGCGGCACCAGGCUGACCUGGAGCUCAUUGAGAGCGCUCACAGAAGCCGCGUGAAGGUGCUCGAAACGUCGUACCAGCAAAGGGAAGAGCGGCUCCGGAGGGAGAACGAGGAGCUGGCGGCCCAGUACCUGUCUCACUGCCAGGAAGCUGAGCUGACCCGCGCUGAACUCGUUGCCCAGCAUCAGCGGCGCUUAGCCGCUGCGGCGCAGGAGAAAGACCAGGAGAUGGAGCGCCUGCGGGAGCUGCAGCGGGCGUCCAUCCUGGAGAUGCGCAAGGACCAUGAGGAGCAGCUGCAGCGGCUGAAGCUGCUGAAGGACCGAGAGAUCGAUGCUGUCACCAGCGCCACCUCCCACACGCGGUCCCUGAACGGCAUCAUUGAGCAGAUGGAGAAGUUCUCCAGCAGCCUGAACGAGCUGUCUUCCCGUGUGGAGGCCUCGCACCUUACCACUUCCCAGGAGUGGGAGUUGGGGGUCCGACAGCGUGAUGAGCAGUUGCGAGCCCUGCAGGACAGGCUGGGCCGGCAGCAGCGGGACAUGGAGGAGGAGCGGGGUAGACUGCAGGAGGUCAUCGCAAAGAUGGAGGCGCGCCUGAGUGAGCAGAGCCGGCUCCUGGAGCAGGAGCGCUGGCGCGUGAGUGCUGAGCAGUCCAAGGCUGAGUCCGCGCAGCGCUCCCUGGAGGAGCAGAGGAAGGUCAUGGUGCAGCAGACCACCAUGGAGAGGGAGGAGCUGGAGCGGGCCAAGAGCGCCCUGCUGGAGGAGCAGAAGGCCGUCAUGCACAAAUGUGGGGAGGAGCGGCGGCGCCUGGCCGCCGAGUGGGCCGAGUUCUUUGCACAGCAAAAGCUGAGUAAGGAGCGGGCAGAGCGCGAGGCAGAACGGGCCUUGCAGGCGGACGCCCAGCGGGAGGGCACCCUCGUCAGCCUGGCCAAGGAGCAGGCAGAGCUCAAGAUCCGGGCCAGCAAGCUCCAGGCCAAGGAGGACCAGCUGGCGGCCGAGUGGGAGGCACUGGAGCGAGAGCGGCAGGAGCUGCGGCUGGAGAAGGAGCGGGUCAACGCAGCCGCGUUGCGUGUCCGGCUCCGCGCCGAGGAAGUGGAGGGCAUGAGCAAGGUGGCCUCAGAGAAGUACGAGGCUGGGGAGCGGGCGCUGCGCGAGGCCCAGCAGGUGCAGUCGGAGCACCAGGCAAGGCUCCGGCUGGUGCAGCAGCAGCAGGAGCAGCUGCGGCAGCAGGAGCAGCACGUGCACCAGGAACAUCUGAGCCUGGCCCAGCAGAGGUUGCAACUGGACCGUGUCCAACAGGACCUGCCCUCCAGCCUCGUGGGGCUGCUCUCCAGGCUGCAGGGUCCGGCAGUCCCCAGCCUGGGCGCCGUUGGGACUCUUGCUCCCACCAGCCCUCCGUGCAGCCAGCCGCUGGCCAGCCUGGUCCCCUCACACCUCCACGCCAAGCUGGUGCUGCUGAAACACACGGCCGAGCAGGACCGAGAUUUCUUGGAGAAUGAACAGUUCUUUCUGGAGACUCUGAAGAAAGCACCCUACAAUAUGACAUUGAAUUCAGCCUGA